AUGAGCGACCCUCCAUGCCCUGUAAACGGGCCCCCGCUAAUCGACGUCGGCUCUAUUAAGACUCCUCCAGCAACUCAAGAAAUGCGCGAGUCUAUGCUUAAAGACGCUGGCAAGAAUGAAAGAAGCCAGCAUGGGAACACAGAGUCACCGCGUGACCUCUCCUUACUGAAGAACAAACACGCAGAGCGCCCCUUCGCGUGCGGCGCAAAGCCCGCCACCGUCGCUAUGCGCCGGCAGGUUUGCUCCUUGCUGCUAGCAGACAGCUCUCCGCAAGAAUACGAUGAGCCUCCACGGUGCAAGGCGGGACAAGAUAUUGUGCUGCAGUCACCUGUCGAGUGGGUGCUUUUGGAUGGCCGAGAAAGCUCAGAUGACCGUGGAAUUGUGCAGUACGAGUGGACGCUGCUGCAAGGUGACUCAUCGGUUGAAAUGAAGGUACCACAGCCCGGAACACUGAAGCUCUCUCACCUCCAGGAAGGCGGGUAUAUUUUCCAGCUAACUGUGACAGACACGGCAGGUCAGCGGAGCUCUGACAACGUCUCUGUGACCAUUCUGCCCAUGGUUCAUUCUGCAGCAGCCUGUGUCAGGUUCUGCUCUCGCUACCAGUUUACGUGCGAUGAUGGCUGCUGCAUUGACAUCACGUUUGCUUGCGAUGGCGUGAGACAGUGCCCUGAUGGAUCGGAUGAAACUUUCUGCCAGAACUUCAGCCCGGGCCGGAAGACGGUGACGCACGCGGCUCUUGGCACUACCCAGCAAAGGACUGUAGGUCUGACAGAAAACACAGAUGAAAACCUCUCUGCAGAAAACACCCUGAAAGCCACGGCCAGAAAUCAGCCGCUUCCUUCCGUGGAUGCAGACACGUCUAACCAAUCGCUUUCUCAGGGACUAAAGAAACAAAUCAGUGGGUUUGUGCCAGAUAACAGUUCCUCAGGGAAAAGAACAGAUGAUAAAAAUGGGAAUGGCAUAAUUGUGCCAAAGAGAGACCAGCUUGGAGGUGGUCGUCCAGUCCCAGAAACAGGUGCUGUGUUACCCUUAGCCUUAGGCUUGGCCAUCACUGCUUUACUGCUGCUUAUGGUUGCUUGCAGACUGCGUUUAGUGAGACAGAAGCUUAAAAAAGCUCGACCCAUUACGUCUGAAGAGUCCGAUUACCUCAUCAAUGGGAUGUAUCUCUAAAAAGCGGAUUUAUGUCAGUUGUUUUCUCCCCUUUCUCUUGUGUCCACGAACCUCUGCCUCUAUGAAAGGACCAAAACCUUUAGUUAAGUUUCAAGUGUAGAAGAAGCCUACGAGAUGAGGAACAUGUUCUUCCCCUUCAGUGAUAAAAUAAAAAAGUGGGCAGAUGCCCGUGCUCAG